UGUGACGCUCGCUCAUAUGUUACGUUUGCCCACAAUGCUAACAACUGAGUAAUCAGCAAUAAUCAGCAGUGGUAAUUAUGAAUUUAUAAAUCGGGUGGGUUAAUACAAUAAUAGCAUCUAUAAUAAAAUGCCUAGACGAAAUGCAAUGCGUCCAAACCUGGUAGACAUUGGAAGCGUUGGUAAAUCCAAAUCAAUAGUUGUGCCUCCAGUUCCACCUCAUCAGAUCUUCAGUAUUCCUGCAGACUCUCAAGCAUCUAUUGGACUGAUUCCUCAAAUGUCCAUGCAGGGAAUGAUGCACCAUGGAAUGGGAGGAGGUAUGAUUCCUCAAUUAGGGUCUAUGCAAGCUUCUGGUACAGUACCUGGUGCCAAUCCAUCAGCACCGAUAAAACCUAUAGUCAUAGACUCAUCGUCUGCCAUUCAAAUUGCUAAUUGCAGCAAUUCAACUUACCAAGAAAGAAACCUAAUGGCUAGGAAUGAUAUAUGGCAUAAUAUACUGGUUGUACGAGGAGCUAGGUAUGAAAAAGAAAAUGUUUUAAAGUGUAUUUUGAAAAGUGUUUAUCCUGCAGACUUGGUUCCUGUGAGGUAUCAGGAAGUAGGAAAUGAUUCUUGCUUUUUAGCUAGGAAUUGCGAUAGAGCGUUGGAUGCUUUAUGUAAAACAAGUUUGAUUGUUCAAUAUAUCGAUGGAAGUCCAUUAAUUCUCUCAAUUACACUGGGAUAUGCUUCUAUUCAUGACCUGAAAAUAAAUAUUCAGCCACUUUUAUUGCAUGUGCUGAAGAAGAGGUACAAAAUAGAGACAAAAGUUUUGGAUCUUGAAGAAUUUCAUAAAGAUCCAGACAUAUAUGAUAUGGUGUACUGUCCUCUGUCACAAAAUAAAACGUUUGUGCAUGUUUUAAAACUGGCAAGAACUGUUUCAGGAGCAUUCGAAUCUUUGAGCUUAAAAAAUAAUGAACUUAUCUCAUUACCGUUAUCUUCUUUAGACGCUAUGAAGUUUGUCAAACAUUUGGAUCUUAGAUUUAAUAACUUGUUAAGAAUACAAGACUUGGAACAACUUAAACCAUAUAAUAUCACAGAACUCUGGUUGGAUGGUAAUCCACUAUGUGAAAACUAUUCAAGUCCUAGGCAGUACGUUGAAGCUGUGAGGGCAUAUUGUCCUAAAUUAAUCAAGUUAGAUGGUAUUCAAAUCAAUUCACCUGGGCUUCCUUUAAUUUAUAAGAGUUAUGUUAAAAACUGGAAAAGAAGGAAACUGGUCGAACAGUUUGUUGAACAUUUUUUCACAGCUUAUGACCAUAAAGAUCGAAGUGUUAUGAGAGGAUUGUAUGAUAAAAACGCAUGGUAUUCAAUGACUGUAGGUACACCUACUUCUCCAACAAGCAAAAAGCUUCUUGAACCAUUUAGUUCUGAAAAUAGAAAUCUACUGAUUUUUGGGAAAAAUAGUCAGGAAUUGAUUCGCUAUGGAGAAGAUCAGAUUCUGAAAGUAUUCAAGAAACUACCAGCUUCUCAACAUAUAUUUAAAUCAUUUUAUAUAGAUCUUAUGGUUGAUAGCGAUGAAUUUAUUAUCAUAUCUGUAGAUGGUUUGUUUAAAUUAGUUAAUGUACCAAAUCAAUUAUUUUUAUUCAAUCGGCUCUUUGUGUUAACCCCAGAGGAUGAUAAUGAAUAUAAAGUAGUCAAUGAUCAAUAUCAUAUAUGUGUACCAGUCCAACCUAUAGAUUAUAAAGCAUAUAUUACUGAAGAUGAUAAAAAAACAGAAUUUGAAGCAACUGUUCUAAGUCCAAACAAGAGAAAACAUUUAAUAAUCCGUUUUCAAGAAUGGACUACAAUGAAAUUAGAAUAUUGUGAAAGAUACUUGAAAGAGGCUGAAUGGGAUGCAAAGAAAGCUCUUUCAAACUUUAUGAUAGAUUAUAAAAAUAAAUAUGUUGCUGAAGAAGCUUUUCCAUGAACUUCCAAAUAUUUUUAUUUUUGUGCGACUUUAUUAGCAAUUAAGUUAAUUAGUAAUUUAACUUUCUUAAUAUUUUUAAAUAAUACAAAUUUAUUGUAUAUAUUUUUAUGAGAAUAAAUGCAUACAAAAACUACA